AUGACGUUCCAUGGUACUCUUGCGGGGCUGGUGCUGCUCUGGCUGCGCGCCGACGCACUGUCGCUCCUGGAGACGAGCCCGCCCCGCCUGCAGGACGGUGCUGCUAUCGCUCCGGCGAAUCAGGCCCUCCACGAUCGUCCCGAGCGCCAGCGCACGUACAGGAGGGUCACCGAGGGUGACUCUGCCGAGGUCCUGGAGCACCUGGAGGCGUACCGCCUGGCUGGUCAGCUGAUUGGCCAGGCUCAGAACAUGUACCACUCGAGGCACAUCCUGCAGUUCGUGAUGUCGCACCCCGAAGCCCCAGUGCUGCCCCCAGGCGGAUGCCUUUACCUCCCGACCGACGGAGUUUGGACAUCUUUUUAUCAGCACGUGGAGCACCCGUUCCCCGAUCUCUUCGCGGAGAUGAUCGCCAACUCGUAUUAUCCCAGUUGCAACGAGACGUCGCUUUCUGGCCUGAGGCUCCCGGCUUCGUGCGGCGGCAGGGCCAUGCGGGGCUCCAGGGGGUGUUUCGAGGUGAACAGCCUCGGCAGCACCGCCAGCAUCGAGGUCUUCGAGACCACUGGCCACGUCGGCCUGCCGUCCAAGUGGUCCUACCACAUCGAGAACUCGAGGCCGCACCAGCUGAGGCACGCGAAGGGGGGCGAAGAGGACGCCUCUCUCAGCCGCUGCGGCAUGUCGGACGAGCUGCCCGAGGUCUCUAGCGCCAGAAGGCUGGAGAUUCCCACGAGGUACGUGGUUUGCCGGAAAUCAGACGCCGAUAAGAGCAUAACCGAGGACAUGAUCCGGGAGCAGAACAGGUGGGCGAACGAGGCUUUCAAGGGCGAAUCGCCCUGGGAGGAGAUGUCUUUCGACAAGGGUCAGCAUCCGGCUGCCGUGGACAUGCAGAUGAGCUUCAAGCUUGUAAACAUCUCGAUAAUAACCGACCCUGAUUGUGCUAGGUAUGGGUUCACAAAUACAGCCCGAUUGCACGGUUACAAGAUGGGGCGCGGGGCGGCGCAUUUCACCGUCGUCAUCAUCACGAACGACGCGUCCGGCGUCCUUGGCCAGACGGAGUUCCCGUUUGACAUAUCCGAGGACAGCAGGGAGCACAUGGUCGUGAUCUCGUCCGUGGGGUUCCGGCAUUUCCACAGCCACAAGGAACCGCCGAGAUGGUUGGGAUCACGUCGCACUCGAGCUCGAUGUACGACGAGGGCGACACCGUGGUGCACGAGACCGGGCACGGGCUCGGCCUGUACCACACCUUCGAGGGGGGUUGCUCCGCCCUCAGGAGAAGGGCGACAGGGUGGAUGA